AUGGCUACAAAACCUUCCCCACGACUGCUCACUGUAGCAGCCGCCCAGAUGGGCCCAAAUCAGCUCGCCGACUCCAGAGAGAGCAUACUGGGCCGUAUGUUGAAGCUGCUCACGGAUGCAGCCUCACAAGGAGCCAAGCUGGUCGUCUUCCCCGAGCUUGCCUUAACCACCUUCUUCCCUCGUCACCAAAUCGACGACCCAGUCAAAAAGGCAGAUUUCUUUGAGCCAGAGUCCCAUGCAAACCCAAAUGCCAUUGUAGACUCGCCGCGGGUGAGACCACUCUUUGACAAGGCCAAGGAGCUUGGGACAGAUUUGUAUUUGGGUUAUGCCGAGCGGUGGACGGAUGAGCAUGGCAAGGAGACAGACUACAACGCCACAAUCUACUAUUCUGCAAGCGAGGGCAAAGUGGUAGCCAAAUACCGGAAAGUUCAUCUCCCUGGUACCAAGGAGCCCAUAGAUGACAAGACUGGGCGGGGAGUGGAGCAACAGCUCGAGAAGCGCUACUUUACGCCUGGAAAUCUGGGAUUCCAGGCCUUCCGCGCGCCCAACCUGGUCACAGGCGCUGCGAAAGCUGGAUCAGGAGGAACCGGAGAGCCGGUGGCAAAGGAGGUGGAGGGCAAGGGCGAUCCCAUUGUCGGCAUGAUCAUCUGCAACGACCGGCGCUGGAGCGAGGCAUGGCGGUGUUACGGGCUCCAGGGCGCGGAGCUCAUCCUCGACGGGUACAACACCACGUCCUACGCGCCGCAAUACGAUGGGACGCCUGAGGAGCAGGAGGCGGAGGCGCUAUUCCACCACCGCAUCUCUUGCCAGAGCGGCAGCUACACAAAUGCGUGCUUCAGUGUCAACACUGCGAAAUGCGGCAUUGAGGACGGAGGCGGGCUGAUCGCUGGUACAGUGAUCUACGAUCCUAAUGGGCAUGUGGUGGCGGAGUCGAAGACCAAGGAUGACGAGUUGGUAGUCGCGACGAUUGAUCUGGCCUUGUGCAGGAAGGGCAAGGAGAGGGUGUUUGCGUUCGAGAAGCAUAGGAGGGUCGAGCACUAUGGGAGGUUGCUCGAGCAGGUCGGUGUGCAGGAGCCUCCGUUACUACAAUAA